AUGUCGGACUACAGCAGAAUGCGUGCCUCCUUUUCUCCGAGCAGCCAAGGGCGCUCGCCGUCGCCAGCACAGCCCGAGCAGCGCCAGCGCCCGCCGUCGACGCCGAUGACCAACCCGCUGCGCUACUCGCAUGGGAAGAUGGGACUGCCCAACGAAGGGAUCAUGCGGAUUCCCCAGUCACAGGAUGCCAACCGUUCCAUGAGCAAUGCCCAGGCACAGACGCUGAGCGCGGCCAGAAACCUGCGCCCAAGCUCCGAAAUGCUGAAUGCGGCGCAGCAAGCGACGCCAGAGACGGAAGUGAUUGACAAGUGGUUCGAGGACCUGCAAAAUUACGAGGCGACGCUGGAAGAGAUGGCCGCCGCCUCACUGGACCAAAACUUCAAAGAGGAACUCAGCGCGAUUGAGCAGUGGUUCCGUGUCUUGUCUGAAGCAGAGCGCACUGCGGCGCUGUACAGCCUAUUGCAAGAGUCUACACAGGUGCAGAUACGCUUCUUUAUCACGGUGCUCCAGCAAAUGGCGCGCAGCGAUCCAGUUGGCGCAUUCCUCUCGCCAAACACAGCCAACAACAUUGUCGGCGAGCAGCUCGAGGCCAAGAUGGCGUCGCUCGGGAUCAAGACGCCCAGCUCUGUCAAGUCUCCCUCGACCAACACACGCGGCUUUCAGCGCCAAAGCACCGGCUUUCUCUCGCCCAACGCCGCGUCGCUCUACUCGGGCAGCCCUGACGUGGCCAGCGCACUUGCUGCACAGCGCAGCAAGAUGAAGAGCAACCGCACCUCAGCGCCCGGGACGAUCCCGAUGGAGUCUGUGGGGUACAGCGGCAGCAAGCUGGACGACGUGCAGGAAAAAGCCACCCCCGCGCGCGAACGGCCGAGGUCAAGCGACCUUGGUGUGAACCGCACGCCGCAUGCGAGUGGCCCGCUGGACGAUGCGCUUUCUCCGCUUGGGGUGGGCGGCAGCUGGUCGAGUAUGGUCAACACACCCAUCAUGUCCAUGCUCGAUGAGUCGCAGGUCCAAGACACGAACGCGAAGCUCGAUGCGACCGCUGCAAACCUCGCGCAGAUCUCGCAGAACAUGGCAAACGAGAGCGACCCGCGUGCGCGGCGCGCAAGUGCGAACCAGCCCAGCAUGUUUGGCAACGUCUACGAACAAGGGAACUGGAACGCGAGUCCCCAAAAUUUGAUGAGUCCCCAGUUCAACAACUUUAGCAUCCCGACAAUGAGUCCCAACACACUUGCUGGCCUUCAGAGCCCGUCGGGCGGCAUGUCGAACCCGGCAAACGUACAAAUGAUGAAUACAAUGGCGACCGUCGGCGGCCUGAACAAUUUGAACCCUGCCCAGCUGCUUGCGUUGCAGCAGCAAAUCCUGCUCCAGCAGCACAACUUGUCGAGCCUGGGCAGCCAGGCUCGCAUGGCUCGCGGACAGCGCAGCGCUAUGAGCGGGCUUGCAGGAGCAGCGGCGACGCCGUCGCGCAGUACCAAUACAAGCUCCGCGCUGUCCAAGAACCCAGUUGGGUCCCCGGUAUCAACGCAGGCACAGGCUCCGGAGGAGGAGGUUGCAGACAUCUCCAUCCUUAACGACGUGCCUGCCUGGCUGCGCCAUUUGCGCCUGCACAAAUACACGCCCAACUUUGAGGGCUCCAAUUGGCGCGAGAUGGUCUCGAUGGACGAGCGCGCUCUGGAAGAAAAAGGCGUGGCCGCACUUGGCGCACGCCGCAAGAUGCUCAAGACGUUCGAGGCCGUGCGCCACAAGUAUGGAAUCCCCGCACCCGCUGGGGCAAGCGCGCACUCGGACGCAGGCGAGUCGGAGCGCGGCGACCAAGCCUAG